AUGCCCUCGCAGAACUUCACCAUCGACAACGUCAGCCCGCUGAUCUCGUACACCCCGCCGGGCCAGUGGCGCACGGGCUCUGCUUCGGACGACAAUUUGGCCAACAAGUACUCGGAUGGCGGCACGUUCAUAGUGACGAACACCGCCGGCACGAAGGCGUCGUUCUCGUUCAACGGCACAGACAUCUAUAUUUAUGGGGCGAAGCGUGAUAAUCAUGGAAAAUACACGGUAUCCCUGGACGGAGGGUCCUCCAACGAAUUCGAUGGCUACUCGAAGGACGCUAUCUUCCAGGUUCCACUGUACACGGCCGGUUCAUUGGACGCCAGCAAGAUGCACACUGUGGUGAUCACAUGCGAGGAGGAUUAUUAUCUCGACAUCGACUUCAUCACUUGGACCGCCAAGAUCGGCAAGGACACCGAGCCGCCACAGACCACAAUCCAGGACACAAACUCGGACUUCGAGUACAGCGGCACCUGGACGACGUCGAGUGACGAUAUUCCGAGCCUGUCUGAGUUCAAGGGCGGCACUGCGCACCAAACCCGCGACAGCAACAGCUACGUCACCCUUAACUUCACGGGCCAAGCCGUCGACCUCUUCGGUGGUGUCGGUCCGUCGCGCGGGCCGUACACGGUGCAGCUGGACGGCGGCGAGGAGCAGACCUUCAAUGCGACGAACACCAAUAUUGGCGUGCAGAUCAUGCUGUACCACGCCGACAACCUCGGCGGCGGGGAGCACAGCUUGAAGGUCGCGAACGCGCCCGCGAACACGGGCGACGGCCUGGUCAUCGACUAUGCAGUGUACUACCAGGCGGAUGAUGGUGAUUCGAGCAGUGGUUCGGAUUCCUCGGGCAUAUCCACGGGCGCCAUCAUCGGCAUCGUCGUCGCCGUCGUGGUCGGGCUUGCCGUCGCCGCGCUCGUCGCCUUCUUCGUCUGGCGCCGCAAGAAGAAGGCCAACCGCGAGGAGGGCGUGUGGAGCGACAAGGCGCCCUCAAUCCACGGCGCGUCCCCCCAGCCGUACAUGUACUCGCAGGCGCCGUCGGGGAGCCAGUCCGCGCUGCCCACCUCGCCGUCACAGUACCCAGGCUCUGUGCCGUCACAAUACGGUGGUCAGCCACCGUCACAAUACGGCAGUCAGGCGUACGACACGCGGUCGUACGCAGCGCCGUCCUUUGCGCAGGGCCAGCCGCCAGUGGGUGGUGCGCCCACUAGCCAGACCGGCUCGAGCUCGAAUAUCUACAACCCGUGGUCGGAUAAUACGAGCAACAGCGACGGUACCUCAUCCGGCCACCGUCCGGGCGCCUCGCAGUCUUUCACCCAAGGCGCUGCCCCCGGUCCCCUGUACGCCGUCAACCAGGACGGGGAACAGGCCGCGCCCGCACGGAGGGGCAAGCAGAUGGGCGCGGCGGUCCCCGCGGCGCAAGCGCAGGCGCCACCGAGCAAUCUGACGCCGGAAGAGCUUGCGCAUCAACGGAUGCUGGUCGAAGGUCGGGAACAGGACUUUGGGCCUCUGCCGCCGAACUACGAUCAGGCGACGCAGCCGUUCAGUCGAUGA